AGUAGACCAGAAGAGUCUUUCUUUCGAUCGCUGGAUUCUAGUGUAAAAAGAAAUACAACCUUCGUUAAAAAACUGCGCACACUUAGUGAUCAGCAACGUGACUCUAUCUUUAAAGAUGCACAAUCUCUCAAUCUCACUAAAUACGUACCGGAAGUGGUGUCUGCUAUUUUAGAAAGUAAAAUGAAGCUAUCCGAUGUUUCCUGCGCUAUUCAAAUUUGUUGUUUGAUGCACCAACGUUAUUCUGAAUUCGCCACUCUAUUGCUGAAAGGAAUGCAAUCAAGCUUCACCGAAACUAAGGACGAUGAUAAAUCAGUUAAGAUCGCUCGCUAUCGAGUCACUUUACGACUACUAGGCGAGCUGAUAAUUAUCGGAGUAUUCAAUGAAAGUACAAACGGUACCGAUAUCUUACAUUCUGCCUUCUCUGGUAUAAUUACAAUUGACAAGGCCACCUUUGAUUAUUUACCGGUAGUAAUUAGUUUCUGUCGCCAUUUUUGCGAAGACUUUUUUGGAAUAACUCCAAGAAAGAACCGGCUGUUAAUAGAGAAAUUCAACUUUCAAGCUCCAGCUAGUAAAAUCAUAUCGGACAACAAAAAGAAGCAAUUCCGUUUGGUAGUUUUUGAUUAUCAUGCUGCGCUAGUCAAAUAUCUGGAGAAACAGCAUAAAGAAAUACAGAGAAUGACACGGCAGAACUUGAAGAUAUUGCAUACAAAAGGAGAGUUGAAUGAAGAAAGAAAGGAAAAUUUGGAAAAGUCGAAGAAAUCAUUUGAGAAAUUGCAUGUUCAUACGGGAACAAUAUCGGAUAUUUUAGACUUAGAUAUGCCAGAUCUUCCUCAAGACGAGCAACUAGAAGAAGCUGAAUCUUUCGGAAUUUCCCUUUACUGCCCCUUUCCAGCUUCAGAGCUUAAUGGUGAUUAUCUUUGGGAAGAUGAAGAGACUAGAUCGUUUUAUGAAAAUCUAAAGGACUUGAAAACUCUUAUGCCAGCGAUCUUAUUCAAAGAGUCUGAAUCUUCAGGAGAUACAAGUGCCGAAUCAAAUGAAGCUAACUUUAUCCAAAACAACAUCAAACUAGAAACGAUUGAUGAAAUCAGUGAAAGCAUUGAAAAUUUAGGCAUUCAGGAUGAGUUGAAAGAUAACAACCCAGAAACUUCUGAUGAAUCAAAGGUGGACGAAUCAAUGACUAGUCUUUUCGAUACCUAUCUGCGCCAACUUGCGACAUGUAGAAAUCGAGACUUUAUUGAUGAAGCAGCAACAGAAUUUAUUACUAACUUUAAUACAAAAGGCAACAGGAAAGCCUUAGUACGCUCAUUGUUUAAUGUUCCAAGGACAAGACUGGACUUACUACCAUUCUAUGCAAGAUUAGUAGCAACUCUAACUGCAUGCUUUUCAGAGAUUGGUCCAUCUCUUAAUGUAAUGCUUAUGAAAGAUUUUAUGUAUCGGGUUAGGAAAAAAGAUCAGAUACAUCUGGAAGAAAAGAUAAAGGCUGCCCGUUUUAUCGGUGAAUUAACAAAGUUUAGAAUCAUUUCUAAGGAUGAAGCCCUACUAUGUUUGAAAGUGGCUUUAAAUAAUUUUACUCACCAUGUUAUUGAUAUGGCCUGCUGUUUACUGGAAACUUGUGGACGCUUUCUCUUGCGAAAUCCUGAUUCUCACAUUCGAACUAAAAAUCUACUGGAAACAAUGAUGAGAAUUAAAUCAGCACGCCAUUUAGAAGAGCGUUAUGUAAUUAUGAUUGAAAACGCUUACUACCAUUGCUUGCCCCCCGAAGAUGAAAAAGUGGAGGUUCGAACUCCAUUACAAGAAUAUAUAAGAAGACUUGUGAUCAAACAUCUGAUUACUACAAACGUCGAAAAGAUUUUACGACAGUUUCGAAAACUAUCAUGGAAUAAUCAAGAAAUAGCGGACUAUGCAAUAAAAUUCUUAUCGUCGCCUUGGUAUAUAAAAUAUAAUAAUAUCCACAACCUAGCUAAUCUGCUGUCCGGUCUUGCGGAAUAUAGGGAAGAUGUUGCGGUAAUGGUUGUUGACAAUAUCAUGGAGGAAAUUAGGCUGGGUUUAGAGAUUAAUGCGAUGAAAUUAAAUCAAAGGCGCAUCGCUACUAUCAAAUACCUGGGAGAAUUAUAUAAUUACCAAAUGAUUGAAGCCGAUGUUAUUUUCAACACUCUCUAUUCCCUAAUCACUUUUGGAUUGCUUAAAGACCACAGCUCUAAUGAUAUCGAUCCUCCAGAUAAUUUUGUACGAUUGCGAUUAGUUUCUGUUUUGUUGGAUACGUGUGGAGAAUUCUUCGAUAGAGGAUUUAAGAAGAGUAGACUUGAUUGCUUUCUUGUAUAUGUACAGCAUUAUUUUUGGCAAAAGAAGAGCAAUGUUUACUGGGAGACGCAAACGUUUCCAAUAGAAAUAGAGAAUUUACUAUUAGACUUAUUGGACUCCUUACGUCCAAAACUGAAACCGUGUAAUAAUCUGACGGAGGCGAAAGGAGCCAUAGAGGAACUAGAGCAAAAUUUGCUCCUUAUUGUAUCUUUAUCAACUAAUAAUAACGUAGACUUAGAAGAUCAACACCGUCAACGACAUACAUCUUCGGGCUCUCAAUCUCACGAUACACCUACUCAAGAUGAUGCAGAAGGGCAAGAUGUUGACAUUGCUGAAGAACUAGAGGCUGAUGAUACUGAUGCUCAUAAAUCACAAUCCGAUACAGAAGAUGUUUUGUUUGACGACAGGGAUGAAAUAGCUGAAGGAGAAAAUGAAGACGUUACUAUACUUUCUGGUGGUCUGAAAGCGAUGCCUUGUGAGGAAGACGACGAUUUUCAGAAAGAAUAUGAGAAGGCAUUAGCAGACGAUUUACUGACACGACGUCAACAUGGUCCUAAAGUUCCAUCUUUGGAUGCUCCAUUGCCUUUCAAUAGAAUAUGUAAUUUUAGUGUGAGCUUUAUUUCUAACAUUUAUUUCAACGUAGGCGAAAAUCUCCAAACUGACGAUAUAAAUUUCGUUUUAUUGACUCGUAAGUCGAAUAAGCUACAGUAUAAGGAAGUUAAUAUUCCAGUAUCAGAUGCUGUAGCUGCUAACAUUCGAGAAAAGAUUGCUCAAGAAAAAGCUGACAAAGAAGAGAUGAAACGACUUGUUUUAAGUCAUGAUAAACGUCAACAAGAAGAGUCCUUUAACGGUAACUAG